AUGGCCCUCUACAUCAAAAUCGCCGCCGACAACAGCGACAUCCUCUCCUACCACGACAUCAUCACCAAGAUCAUACCCAACUCCUCCAUGCCAUCCAUCUACUUCAGCGCCUCCGAUUUCACCGCCCACAUACUCACCUACGCCACACUAAACAACAUCGUCCUCGCCGACCCCCUCGAGGACCUCGACGUCAACGUCGACCUCCCCGAACUCGACAUCGGGGAUCUUGUUCGCAGCAUGAUCCCCGAUGCAUGGAACUUCGUCCCCGCGACCGCCCUGUACGCCCGCAAACAAGGCUCGUACGUCUCAAAGUCCGCCAUCGGCGGCGACGAUCUGGAUAUCACGAUCUGGCCCAGCCGCAAUCGCAAAGCGUGCAGCUUCAACGGCAAGGAUCCGAUGGGGACAGAGGCUACCGAGACGAUCAAGAAGGGGAUGGUGCUGGUACUGGCCUAG